AUUCCAAGCCAGUCGAAGCCAGUUCCAGUUCACUUUGUUGAUUGCGGCCUGCAGCUACAGCUACUGCAGCAGUUCGUGGCGUGUGGCAACGAAAUCGUGCUGGUCUGUUGACCUUUCCCUUAGCGCAGCGAUUGCGGUAGUCGGCGCCUCACCAAGCGCCCGUUUGCCGUCUACGCUCGCCGCUCUGUUACGUCGGCCUGUCAUACCAAGCGUACUUCCGACUCAAACCCGCUACAACAUGACUCACCGCGUUGGAAGAUAAGCCCAGCAGCUGUCCUGCUGCGCAUGUUUUCAAGUUGUUGUUCGUACACACAUCGCUCACUUUGACUGGUUUUCAGUGCCAUAGGAGUAUUACAUGGCACAGCAAUACAGCCCUGCCUAGCAGUCAUGCGCACUCUUUGGUUCCAGUAGACCAGGCAAAAGAAGCUUCAGACAACACAAACAUGUCUUGGGCUGACAUCGCGUCUGAUUUCGCGUGUGAGUUCUGUGGGGUGAGCUUCGAUGGGGAGAAAGAGUUUCGUGACCACUGCAACUCACCCGAGCACCGGACGGUUCUUGUGUCCGACGGCGGCCGUACAUGGAAGCACCGGCCACCGCCACGUGGCGUCCCAGCCGACAAGCUCUCAGUCUGUCAAGACCACCAUAUUUAUGGACAGUGCCGGCUGGGAAGCCAAUGCUGCGAGGCCCACAGUGAGGAUGAGCUGGUCGAAUGGCUGGAACGUCUUAGGUAUCGCAUGGAGAGGGUCAAGAAGGCUCAGCAGAAGCACCUCGAGGGUUACCAAGAGUAUGCCAAGGAUCUGCUGGAGAAGUACGCGGGGGCCAAGGAUCCCACGGCCAUGCAAAGGGUGAUGACAGAGACAAUGCCGGGUCUCAGGCUCACCUGCAAGCAGCAGCUCAAGCGCACGGUCACCUCUAAGGAGACCGCGCUGGUCUGGGAUUUUGAGCUGUGCACGAUUACGCCCCUUCAGCGCCUGGUCCUGCUGCACGACACCUUCCGGGGCCACUUUGAGCUGAAGCGGGUGGAGAAGUCCCCGUUCAAGUUCGUGCUUGCUCCAGGAUGCCAGGAGUGGGUCAACAGUCUCCGGGCGCCCACCAACAAGGAUGUGCUCGUCUACUUUAUUCAGGUUGGCUUCAAGUCAUCCAUGUAUGCCACGUUUGUGCAAACAUUGGCCUUUGACUUUGGCGGCUACCCCGUGCUGAUACGGAACUUCAGCGUCGACAUGGUGGCACCAGACACGAUGAGCACCAUUGAGCGCAGCCGCCGUCUCAUCUUGACGGGCAUGGGACGCUGGAACACAGCUGCUAUUGACCUGGUGCCCUUCACGGAACGCAGGAGUGCCAAGGCGCAGAGCCUGUUCGACAUGUACCCGGCUCCGGAUGUGGACACGUUCCACCUGACACAAGCCGUCAUUGGAGAUGAGCUAACCCGCGAGAACUAUGGGGCACGGAUGCACGAGCUGCUCUACGUUGAGGAGAUGGCACGCGCAGACAUCAUUGCCCAGUACAACAUACGGGUGUCCCUCGAUGUCACGGACAAUCUGCAGACGUCGUCGGCCAACUCGACUGAGGCAUACUAUGCCCAGGGUGGUGAGCUGUUUGCUUGCCUGCGCCUCGAUGCAGACAUCACUGAGGACACCGCCGCUGGCCGUCUGGUCCUGCAGAACUGCCAGCUGGUCUGGCUAGCCCCUAUUAAUGUAAUUGACACGGAAGAGGGCAAGCCACGCAAGCCUAGGGUGUAUGAGCUACCGAUCCACCUGGCCAGGAAGGACCGCGUCUACAUUCGGCUAACGAAGGAGUGCGUCGAUGAGUUCACGCUGAAGCCCCACACCAGCUUUGAUGCAGAGGUCCAGUUCCUGCUGGAUCGGCAGCCACUGUGUGAGAUGCAUUACGCUGUGGACAAGUUGCCCAUGGCCAGUCUCGUGUUUCCCGACUUCAACAUCCGUCCUCCACGAUGUCCACCGGAGCGGUCGCUGAGCUGGGACCCCAGGCUCAACGAGCGGCAGCGGCAGGCGGUCGCGGCCAUCGUGGCCCCACGCACGGUUCCCAAUGUCCCGCCCGUCCUAGUGGUGGGCCCCUUCGGCACAGGGAAGACCUUCACGCUGGCAAAGGCGAUGCUGGAGGUUGUCAAGCAGAUGCCAGAAUCCCGUGUGCUGGUCUGCACCCACUCCAACAGUGCGGCUGACCUGUACGUGUUGGAGCACCUGGACAAGGAAGUGCAGAACCAUCCAGCACUGUGCCCUCUCAGGAUCCUGUAUGAGUACCGGAUGCCCAACCGUGUGGACCGACGACUACUCCAGUACUGCCUCGAGGUGCCUCGGGAACAGCAGUCCAAGCAUGGGCCUUGGUUUCGGCAGCCAACUGCCGAGGAGAUCGAGGCCCACCGUGUGGUGGUCACAACCCUGUCGUCGUCCCAGAUGCUCCUUGCUAGCAACAUAAAACGAGGCUUCUUCACGCACAUCUUCAUUGACGAAGCAGCGCAGGCAAUGGAGACGGAGUGCAUCCUGCCCCUUGCCCUGGCUGACGAGCACACCCGGGUAGUGCUCGCUGGAGAUUACAUGCAGCUGAACCCAGAGGUUUUCUCGGUGUUCACGCGUCAGCGGCGUCUGCACGUGUCCCUGCUGGAACGUCUGCACGACGCGUUCCAGCGUGCCACCCGAGGCAGUGGGGAUACCCAGCACCCGUGCCAGGUGGUGCUCGAAGACAACUACCGGUCGCACGAGGCGCUGGUGCGGUUCACAUCGGAGAGCUUUUAUGGGGGCCGGCUACGAGCCCUUGGAAGUCCCGGGCCGCACCACCUGCUGCACGCACUGAGCUUCUUUGCGGCACGGGGCGAGGACGUGCCCCGCGAUGGCAGCACCUCCUACGUCAACUACAUGGAGGUACGUGAGGUGUGCGACGUCGUCAAGCGGCUGGUAGAGCAGUGGCCCAUGACCUGGGGACCUCGCGACCCAUCGACCGUGGCAAUUGUGACGCCCUACUAUGACCAGGUACAGUGCAUUCGUAUGGAGCUACGGAAAUACAAGCUCUCCCAGGUCCGAGUCGAGAGUGUUGCCAACGUUCAAGGCAAGGAGUUCCGCGCUGUGAUUCUGAGCACGGUUCGUACGCGCGCCACCUGCGUGGACCUGGAGCGGACGACGCCCUUUAGGACUGCCUUGAACUUCGGCUUCCUCUCGGAUGCCAAGCUGCUCAACACGGCCCUGACGCGGGCGCAGUCGCUGGUCGUCGUUGUCGGGGACCCCGUCUCACUGUGCUCCAUUGGUGACUGUCGGACACUCUGGGAGAAGUUUGUCUCGACUUGUGCACGACAAGGCAGCCUGUUCAACAUGCAGUGGGAGGACGUCAAGUACCAGCUGGAAGGCUUCGAGCUGCAGAAAGAGUAUGGCCUGAACCCCCACGCCAAGAGCUUUUGGCCCAAGCAUCUCUUCCUGGACAGACCCCCAGUGGCCGAUCCGCAGCCGCCAGUGCAGCCGACACCGACACACGGUUUCAAGGGACCGCCAGGCUUGACGGUCCCGUACAGGCACGUGCCAGCGGCCCCACCAGACUACUACAUGCCAACCAUAGACCGCCGUCUCUUUGGCGUGACACCUCCUAGAGCACCAGGCUUCUUUCCUCCCUUACAUUUGAGCCAAGGCAAUCCCAGCUGGGGGCAAGGACUGCCACCGGGGCCACGCCCUUCACACCAGCAGCAAGCCGCCAAGAUGUACCAGCAGCACCUGCAGCAGCUGCAGGCACAGGCUCAACGGCAGCAGCAGUAUCCUCAAAUGUGGGCUCCGUACCUCCCACAUGCGCCAGCGCGUCCGGCCCACUACCAGCACUUCCCUCCGGCGCAAGCUCGGCCGAUUGGUCAGCCACAGCAGCAUGGGCAGCCAGUGCAUUGGUCGCAGCCAGUUGCUUCUCACAGACUGCCACAGCACCUUCCUCAGCAGCAGCUGCCCUCUCAGCUUCCACCCAGACAGCCGCAAAUGGAGCCAGAGACAGUUUCCCAGCCAAGCAUGCAGCCGAACUUCCACAGUCAGUCAAGUACUUACGUCCAAAAAGAACAGCCACACCAGCAGCUUCAGCAGCAGCUGCAGUGCAGACCUCCACUUGGGUUUAACUCCGACCCAAGUCUCUCUGCAAAUGACAUGUGUGGGGCCUCCGGUGCCACAGCCGUUGCACGGGCUGCAGGCGACAAUCUCGGCUCAAUGGACGCAAGCUUCCGUAACAUGCUGCUUGACGAUGACGACAGUGGCUGGACAUGUGUCAGUGUAAACAAACAGACGACGAAUGGAACUGGUCCAGAAGCACGGUUGCCACGCAAAAAGAAGACAGUUGCGCCGCGAUUCGCGGCACAGCAGUGUCCAAGUCGACCAGCCAGCCAACCUUCCAGCCAGCCUGAAAGGCCGCUGAAAGUGCCGUCCAACGGAGUGACCGCGGGGGGAAGCUCUGCUACCAGGACUGUUUCGCAAGUUCAACAGCUGUCACAACAGGCUUGGCCCGAGGUCAGCAAAUCAAACUCGAGCACCCAAAAUGGAGGAACGCAGGUGAAGCCCAAAGUGUUCAGGAACUCUGCAUGGCCUGGGGGACAAGAUCGUAUGGCACAAUCUCAGGCGGCAAGGCAGAAAGCUAGGCCAACAGUCGCUUACGUCGCUGCUGUGUCGGAGCCUGUGACCUGGGAGAAUAAGAAUAAGCCAUUUAGCGAGACACAGCGAUCGAUGGGAAACAGUGCCACUUCGUCACAUGGGACUAUUAGCGACAUCAACUUUGGUCUGGAUCUGUACAAAGCUUUCACCAGUGAUGAGGAGUCCUACAAGGACUGCGCGAAGGACUCUACCAAGCUGACAGACACUCUUAGGGUGGGAUUUGCACAGGCUGGCAGACAGACGACAUACUCUGCGGCUGGUCAGACGACAGCAGGAUCUAAGUUUGGUCCCAUUGGAAGUAGGCCACCUGACAAGCCUAAGCUAUCUUACAGUGACGCAUUGCGCAAUGGCCACGUGAAUGGCUUUGUCACACCCAAUGCCAGCAAACAUUAAAAGACCAAGUAGUGUUUGCAGGUGUUUGCACAUGUGCCCGAUAAUCUGGAGUUGGAAACUGUACAGUUUUGUGCGUCUGCUGGCCAGACAUGGAAGAUAGCAUGCUGGGUUAUUUUUCACGACCAGGGAGUCGUCGCAGUUCUGUGGAAUAUCAUAAAUAUGAAUAUUUGAAUUUGUCAUUAGCUGUGUGCAAGUAUGCCACAAUGCGUGCUUUUUUUUUUCUUGAGAAAUCAGCAGUCCUGGGUGUAAGUAAAUUUCGGACUCUGGUGAAUCAACCAAUUUCCUCCUGCAAUGCCACUUAGUACAUGGGCACUAAGGACAUUCACAUUUCAUGUUUAUUUUGAAAUAUUGCAUAGUACAAGUUCCUUCUUCAGUCCUUCUGUGAUUCAGUGGGGUGCCGGGCACCAGAUGUGAAAUUUAUUGAAAUGUGGUCUUGGAAUAUUCUCUGCAUUGCUCGGAUGUGUUUUUGAUGGGUCUGCGGUGAUAAUUUCUGAUAAUUCAUUAGCUCGUUUUUCUUGUUUGUGUUUCUCCUUGUGCUAAGCAUGAUUAUCAAUGUGCACCAGCUCAAGGCACAAUUUUCAAUCUGUGAAAGAAUUUCAUAUUGGCGGACCAGAGUGGCUGGUUGCCAUUCUGAUCCAUGGGCCUGUGCAUCGUACCCGUACGCUUGCGUGUUUGCAGCCAUAUGCAAAAGAAUCUGGUGGCGAUGGCAGAGCAGUUUAGUUUUAUCUCAUCUGUGCUCGGAAUGCUGACAGCUUGCCAGUGCCAAUCUCAAGCUGCAUUUCUGUUUUACUAAAGUUGAGCUUUAGUGCCGCAUGUUGCAUUCUCCUUUUUCUUGUUUGUCCACCUUGCACUCUGCAUUAAUUGUCGCACUUCUGGGAAAAAACAUUUCUGCUGUUAUCUGGGGCAACGGCCAACAGUGCUUUGUGAUCUGUGAUAGGCAAGUUGUAAACAUCUGUACAAAUUUUUGCCACUCUCAAGGCUCGUUAAGCAGUGAGCUGUUAGGUGAGGUCGGAGGUUCUCAGAGUAAAAUACCGUAGUUAAUCGAUUCUAACGCGCCCUCGAUUGUAAUGCGCACCGCACCCGUUUUCCGUGACACCCAAAAAAAAAGUUCCUUUACAGUACUGUGCACCUCAUGCUUUCAUACAGAAAUACAACUUUCUCUCAUAAGGAAAAACAAAGAUUUAAUCCCGAUGCACUAAAGUUGCAAUGAAUAAAAAAAAUCGCAGUUCUGCCCGAAAGGCGAAGCAUUGAUUGCGAUAGCACAUUAGUACACCGCUUUACAAAGUAAGGAUAGCAGUUUUAUCGGCUGUAUAAACUUGCAAAGAUUCGCUUACUAAAUAAAUUAACAAGCACGGUGUCACGCACGCACAAGCAACCAUAAACACAUCUCGCUUGUUGACCACGGGAACUCUUUCAAAACGCUGGAGUGACGAAGCGCGGCAAGCAAAUUGACCUUCGUGCGAGCAUGCCUCUCGCUUCAACGCGACUAAAGCGGCGAAAACACAGCGCGCGGCGGACUCUCCCCGUUGCAGAUCGCUUUCAAGAUAAAGCCAAGGCGAUCGUAUUGCCGAAGUGGAUCGUCGCAGAAUACGUCCUGCUUCGGUCCGCUGAAACCCUUCUGCAUAGCCUUGCUUGUGAAAAGCCUCUCCUUCUGUUUGCGCCGGUCCAGCACGCAAGUUUCGGAUUCUCCAAACGCCCGCGAUGCAGCCCGAUUUCCGUCCGUCUCCACCCACGUGAUCACUUUCCUUUUAAAUGCGGCAUCAUGAUGAACUGGGGCACUUCAUGCUGAUAGAGCAGACGCAGAAAACAGGAAGACGGUGGACUAAUGCCUAAGCACACGUACUGCAGAACAUGGAGGAAGCUACGGCAGCUAGGCUAGAGUGUAGAUAGGCUCGAAGUGCGUGCGAGGCGGCCAUUUUGAAGUGCCGACGGCUAUAUGGUAACGCAGAUUUAGGGUCGUACUCGAUUCUAACAUGCACGCAAUUUUUGGACCCGUUUUAUUGGAAAAAAGUGCGCGUUAGAUUCGAGUAAAUACGGUAUGUUUGCAUUUUUAAUUCUCGUUUGGUGUUUUUCCUUGUUGCAGUGCAGUCAGGUGGAUGCAACAGCCCACAUGUUACUCGAGUUCAUCUUCUGGGCAUGCAGAUAUUGAGAGCCAUCUUCAGCAAUGGCAGUGUCCGUCUGAAUGCUCUCUCUUGCUUGUCCAUUUCAAGUCCUGUUGGCUCGCCACUUUCUUUUUUUUUGCCUUUGAAGAGAUUUGGUUGAAAAUUUUUUUUUUUCGCUGCAAGGUCUGUUCGUUGUCCCGAUAGAAGGGUUGAUGACCUUUUGGCUUUCCUGUUCUCACUUAAGGCUAUUUUAUGGACUACUAGCGAUAUCCUCAGUGAUAGAGUGUGUAGUGCUGCCCAGGACAGUUGCUUGUGGGAUCAUUUUUCUUUGUUUUGUGUGCAACUUCCCAAGACCAUUGUUUGUAUGAUAGUCAACAUGGCCUGCUUGAUCUUUUGUUGGUUUCGACAUUCUAAGAUGACUGGUAGGGAUAACCCGAUCUAGGAGAUAAGCUGCGUAGAUCUUGCAACUGAUAGCCUAUUCUCUUUUCUUGCACCGUGCGGCAUAUGCCGACUGUAUGGCAGAAGUUUCUUGCAUUAGUUGUUUCAUGCUAUUGUUGCUUGUGGAUUAUUAUACUUGGAUCUCUAAGUGUUGCUUAAAACUGAUGCUGGAUGUAAAGGUACAAUGUGCGUGGGUCAUUUAGGAUUUCUUUUGUCUUUCUCAAUUGUGUACAUCUGGGUUAAUGUCAACAGCAGGUCUAAUUUUUGUUGAAUAUCGAUUCAAAUUGUGUCAUAAUUGACAGCAUGCGAGGUAGAGACGAAUAUCCAUGUACGAAGAUAUCACCUUGGCACAUGCAACAUCAUUUGUCAAUAAUUUGUUUGAAGGCCUGGCAAUUUUUCACUUCAAAAAUAUGGUCCCCAUCCCCAAUUUCUUUUUUUUUGCACAUAUGUGAAUGUUGUGUUUCAUCAGAAAUUUGUCUGCAUGCUUUUUGGGACUCGUAUUUUGGGACGCACUUAAGGGGAGACGCAGGGCUGAAAAUGAACUUUUAGACCGUUACACGGGUUUCAUUAAUACAGAUGAAAUAGAAAAGUUAUGGCUGUCAUACGGACCAAUUAGGCAUGUCACCUUAGGAAUGAAUGAAUGACUUCUGGGGUUUUACGUGCCAAAACCACAAUUUGAUUGAGUUACACUGCAGAGGGGACUCAAGAUUAAUUUUGACCACAAGGAGAUCUUUAAAGGGAUAUGGACACAAAAGUUGGCGGAUGAUUUUUUGCGUCGGAACAAAAGUUGAACUGUUGAAAAUGACGAAUACAAGCUGCUUUGAAAAAAAAGGAGGAACAUCUUUUUUUUUUAAUUUUCUGUUGCACCUUGCCUCCAAGCGGCCGCCGGUAGAAGCUGAAAUUUGACGUCAUAACACCCACUCGCGCACGCGUGGCCAAGGUCGGCCGCAGUCGGCUAGGAAAGUGGACGUGAGAGUCUUGGAGGUACUGAUACCUCACAGCAGUUGCUUACGCCGACGGCAUAAACUACUAUUCAGUCAUCCACGCAGUGCUGAAGUACGCCGCAGCUGCCUUGCCUGUGUGCGCUUUUGAAAAAGCAACUUUACAGAGGAAAUGACAAAUAAUUCUUGCACAAGUGUCUGGUACAGAGCGAAAUCUUUGUGCUAUGGUUCGUGAAAACCUGACCGGCACUUCGACGGCCGCCUGCUCUUCUUCGUCGCUUGACGCGGAAGGCUCGUAACUGUAAGCGGUAAUAUUUCUUGCCAAGUUGGAAUGGUCCUCGUCUUCAGACGUGUACUCAUCACUGGUAGAGGCACCAGAACUCAAAUCCAUGCUCGCGAUGGCGGCGUCGGCGCGCUCCGAAUGACCACGGCUGGCCGGCUGGCUAUCCGACGAGGGUGUCGUGACGUCACGCCUUCCAACUCCCGCGGGUCGGGCGGCGAGGCGCGUGCUCACAAAAAUGUGAAAAAUAAAGCCGUCGGCUCGAAAAUGAGCUAAGUGACUACUUCUUUUUGGUGUUAUCACACACUGAAGAUUCAUUUUCAGCAUUUUCGUAAAAUUUUCAGAUUUCGUGUACGUAUCCCUUUAAUGUGCCCCUGAUGCACCGGACACGUGCUUUUGCAUUUCGCCCCCAUCGAAAUGCGGCCGCCAUGGCUGGGAUUUGUUCCCGCGUCCUCGUGCUUAGCAGUGCAACAUCAUAGCCGCUAAGACACCGCGGCGGGCUCACCUUAGGAAAGCUAUCAUUUCAGAAAUAAGAAAGGCAUACUGAUUAUUUUUGUUUGGUACCUCCUAAGCGGGUUAUAGUGCAGGAUAAGGCCAGUCGCGUGUUCAUUACAUUUCAUUAGCAAUGUCGUCACUUUGAGGCUCAGUUCAAUUUUUUUCAUUGUCAGUAUGUGUUGGAUGUGUAAUAAUUUUUUCGGUUAAUAACGAUUUAGAAAUAUAAAAUGUAGCUCACCUUGUUCCUGACAAAAUUUCAGCCCAGAAACUACUUUGAAAGCAGGUUUUGACGAAGCAGUUUGGAAAUGAGUUUUCCUGAAGGUUUUGUUUGGCCAAUAAGUGCAAACUGAGAACAGUGAGCUCAAAGAUUUCAGAACACUCAAUUUAAUUUUAAGACCAAAAAUAAUUAAUCAAAGUGCCGGGCUCUGUAGGUUUUACCUUCUCUUCAAUUCAAACCUGCUCGUGGCACUUGCUUCAAGUCGUCCUAUUUUUUUUUUUAGCUUUAGAGCAUUCCAGUGCCCUUGUGUCUCCCAUGAUUAAAAUGUGUGAAAAACAGAAUUAAAAUUAACGAAAAGCAAUCUUUCUAACAUGGGCAUUCACUCCAUGUUUGGUUUCUUGCCCGCUCUGCAGCCGCAUCGUGAAUAGAGUGUUCAUGGGCAAUCUUGACGGCAUGUGCGCGCCACCGUUAUGAAAAUGGAAUUCAUUUUCUUCUUUUCUACAGCGCAGAUUGCAAUCAGAUUUGUUGACGAGCUUCUUUAUACGUCUAGGAAUCCAAAAUAAACAAGAUUAGAAGCUGCGUUUUUCUGGCAAAAAUCACGAUUUUAACCUCUGCAUCCCCCCUGUUAAUGAAAUAUAAUGGCAUUGUUUUUGACAUUGGGGCCCACUUGAGGCAGUCAAACGUAUUCCAUCUUAAACAGAUGCUUCAUGGUAUUUUGACAUCAUUCUCGACUCGCUCAUAACUAUUGCUGAAAUGAAUUUUUUUUGGUGUGUGUUUGCGUGUUUGAGAAGGUAUGACUUGCAAGAUUUGAUGUGACCAUAGCCUUCUUUACACAAGGUGUCAUCCAAAAUAAAGUUUGAGUUCAACAGCGAAAGAUUUGGUUUUCCAGGGGACUUCAUUUGAGGAUACGGCGGGUUUGGACUCGUUUGUGGGUCGAAAGUUCAUUUGUUAAAGUAAUAUUCCAAUGACCUUUUGUAAUUCCAGCACUUAUGUUGAAAGAAUGGCGUAUUCUUAUUCCCCCUGCUGCUGUUCGUUGGGGCACAUGGAAGCUGUGUAUUUUGUGGACACUUUAUUGUUUUUGGCAUCGUAGCUGACAAAAUUGCAUUUUUCAGAGCCCUUUAAUGUUAAUAUCAAGUGAAACUAUGGUCAUUGAAAUGGAACAGCAUGUGCUGAUGCAGCAAUACAAAUUGCACAAAUAUAUUGUGACUAAGGAGGUUUGAGCACUCUUAAAAUAAAAAUUAAUGGUGCGAUUGACGGCCAUGUCCGCGGGAUGAAAACUGUUUUAGCAAUGUGUGAUGUGCAGUCUACUUCUGCAAAUGCGUAGCUGCAUGGGACGUAUGCACAAGGGCUUGCAUAGGUGCACAUUACAGAAACAGGUAUAAAGUAUCUCUGGACUAAGGUAGAAAUUCUAUUCUGUUUUUGUUUCCUUCAUGGCCUUUGUCAGUGGUCCGAGCGACACUACGCCUGUGUUUUGAGCAGGAUUGACUAGGAUAAGAAAGGAAUGGAAUGUUAAAUUAUACUGACGCUGGUUGUGUUUUGUGCUCUUAAAAGUUUUAACGGCGGCAACAUGCUGCCACCAGAGGGCCGAUGUGCAACUGCGGGGAAGCUGUGUGUGUAGGCAUAGCCAUGGUGGGGCUCAUCACUGAAGUAGAUCAGCACAGGCUGAUCUUGUUCAUUCAUUCAUUGAUUCAUUUAAGAAAUGGCAAUGCUUGGCCUGAGGGCAGCUCCUCUAUUCUUCCGCUCCACAUUGCAGUAAACCUUGGUGGGAUCCAGAACAGUGACAUCUGAAUAGCUAGGUGUGAAGACAACCAUGAUGAUCAACAACUUCGACUGACGUGACAGCUGUGGAUAGUGACAGUGAUGGCUAUGGCAGGAUAGCUGGCAAAGGAUUGAAUUUUGAAUCAAGCAAAGGCAGUUUGUGAUGCGCAAUUAUAGUGCACACGGGUGGGUCUUCCGCCUUUAUCGACACUAUAUUCAGAAUCAUUUGAGGUACACUGUGGUCUACACAUAUUGUUGAUACUCGGCUUCGCAUAUGCGUUUGUCUCUGUAAAAGGGACUGUAGUUGGACCAUGUUGUCGUCUUUUGUUGUACACAGCCCAACAUGUGUUGGGUCCUUCUGUGCCAGAGUCCCACCUACAACGCCGAUCUCAGGCAUGCUUAUCUUUCAAAUUGCUGUCACACUCACUCAUGUGGAAUUUCAGAACUUCGAUACGAUUUGUCUCAAAGACUGCUAUUGCUGUGCUCCCUGUAUGGCAAAAAAAAAAAAGUGACUUUUUCACCGAAAAGAAAAAAUUUUGGCUGUGAUGAA